AUGGUGCGUAUGAAACCAGUACCAGAACCUCUGUUUCCAAAGGGGCGAAUAACUAUGAGGGAGACAAGACGUGAAGUUAUCCAUGAGGUUUCUGUGGAUGAUGAUCAGCGCUUCCAGUACAGCCGGGGAUAUGUUGAGCCUACAAGACCUCAGUAUUCGGUGGAGUAUCCCCAAUCACCCCCUAGACGGGAUAAUGACACAGACCGAAACGAUCGUCACCCGGAUUUUUCCCAAUUUUACGAUGGUCCGAAUGAGUACAUGACUGAAGAGUACGAGCCAACAUAUGCGAGAGAGCUAGAAAAUCGAAGAGAAUAUAGUCGAAGGCCAAUGGAAGGAUUUUCGCGAAACAUUGAUGGCACUAGCGAAUAUAUGACAGAGCGAAGCUAUGCAAAGCCUACGGGUAACCGCAGAAAUUUGAAGCGAAAGGAGAAACGUGUACCAUUGCAAAGACGUCAGAUCAACGAGUAUAUGACUGAUCCUCGUGAAAUUUCUAUGGAAAUCGCUCGUGAUUCUUCAUUUCCAUCGGAACAAAUUAUUCGCGAAAUGCAGGAACAAGAAGAGGACCUUCCGACAUUGUAUACGAGGCGUGUGGAUACGUCUGAUCAAAGGAUGAUGGAUCGUAGCGAGUCAGUCCGAGAUGGAACUAAAAGGAAAAUGAUCUAUCGUAAUCAUGAAAUGCCGGAGGCGCGAAACAACUAUCGUGAAUCAGGUUGGAAUGAUGCAGGCAGUUUUGUGGCUGGACCUUCGAGACUCUCAGGUGGUACCCCAAGAUUCGGGAUCAAAUCAUUUGCUAGAAGACCAACGGGGCGCCGUCAUCGACCAGGAGUUAAAGCGUUAAAAGAAAUUCGUCGACUUCAAAAGACAACUUGUAACUUGAUACCAAAGUUGCCUUUUCAACGCGUCGUUCGUGAGGUUGUGACGGAGUUGUAUCCUGAUUGCGAGUACCGCUUCACAGUGGAAUCUUGCGAAGCGCUGCAUGUGGCUGCUGAAGAUCUUCUCACUCGGAUGUUCGAGGAAGCCUCUACGUGCGCAAUUCAUGCAAAGCGUGUCACUGUGAUGCCAGGCGAUAUCCGUUUGGUAAGAAAACUGCAACAUUGGUAG